CAGGCACUGUUUGCCUGGGAAACUCUGGCAGGGAGCCACUUUCGCUGGUUCACGAUGUUCUGUCCUGUUAGAAGUUGAAGCUGCAUGUUCUCUGCUAACUUCUAAUCCUUCUCUCUCCAGGCUGCAUUUGGGGCUAAGGCUCCAGGUCAGAAUUCGUUCUUCAUCAGCCUCUGGGUAAGCUUCUUCUUCAUCAGCCUCUGAUUAAGCUUCUUGGGAGCCUUCCGGUCUGCCCGGCUGCUGAAGGCGAGAGCAGAUGCCCUGUGUCCGCCUCGGAUUUUAAAACCAGGCAGGAGGCAACAGACGACAUGAAGUUAUGGCGGAGAGGCCUGGUCCUCCAGGCUCUGAGGAGCUCCUGGGGCAUCUGCAGGGUUCACGGGCAGCCACCACCUCCAUCUGUCCCUGAGGCUGUGGCCACCUGGGAAGCCAUCAGCCUGGGGAGACAGCCGGUACCUGAGUACUUCAACUUUGCCCACGACGUGCUGGACACGUGGAGUCAGCUGGAAAAGGUAGGGCAGCGGCCCCCAAAUCCUGCAUUCUGGUGGGUGAAUGGCUCAGGAGCAGAAGUCAAGUGGACCUUUGAGGAGCUGGGGAAGCAGUCCAGGAAGGCAGCCAAUGUCUUAAAGGGCGUGUGUGGCCUGAAACCUGGAGACAGAAUGAUGCUGGUACUUCCACGCCUUCCAGACUGGUGGCUGAUCAGCGUGGCUUGUAUGCGUACAGGUGUGGUCAUGAUCCCAGGUAUCUCCCAGCUGACAGCGAAGGAUCUCAAGUAUCGGCUGCAGGCAGCCAGGGCCAAAUCCAUCAUUACCAGCGAUGCCCUAGCUCCACAAGUGGACGCCAUCAGUGCUGACUGUCCCUCCCUCCAAACCAAGCUUCUGGUGUCUGACACCAGUCGUCCAGGCUGGAUCAAUUUCCGGGAACAGUUUCGAGAGGCCUCUACAGAGCACAACUGUGUGAGAACCAAGAGUGGAGAUUCAGUGGCCAUCUACUUCACCAGUGGAACCACAGGGGCUCCCAAGAUGGUGGAACAUUCCCAGUGCAGCUAUGGAUUGGGUUUUGUGGCCAGUGGAAGGAGGUGGAUCUCCUUGACUGAAUCUGACAUAUUCUGGAACACAACUGACACCGGCUGGGUGAAGGCAGCCUGGACUCUCUUCUCUGCCUGGUCCAAUGGAGCUUGCAUUUUUGUACACGAGCUGUCCAGAGUUGAUGUCAAAACUAUCCUAAAUACUCUCUGCAGGUUCCCAAUAACCACCCUUUGCUGUGUUCCAACCCUUUUUCGGCUGAUUGUACAAGAAGAUCUCACAAGGUACAAGUUUCAAAGCCUGAGGCACUGUGUGACGGGUGGAGAGGCUCUCAACCCUGAUGUGAGGGACAAGUGGAAGAGCCAGACAGGCCUGGAGCUCCACGAAGGCUAUGGACAAUCGGAAACAGUCGUCAUCUGUAGCAAUUCAAGAGGCUCGACAAUCAAAUCUGGAUCUAUGGGGAAAGCAAGCCCACCUUACGAUGUGCAGAUUGUGGAUGAAGAGGGCAAUGUCCUGCCUCCAGGGAAAGAGGGGAAUAUUGCUGUCCGCAUCAAACCCACCAGACCCUUCUGUUUCUUCAACUGCUAUCUGGAAAAUCCCGAGAAGACAGCCUCAUCAGAGAAAGGAGACUUUUACAUUACUGGGGACCAAGCCCACAUGGACGAGGAUGGCUACCUUUGGUUCUUAGGGAGAAAUGAUGACGUGAUCAACUCUUCCAGCUACCGGAUUGGGCCUGUUGAGGUAGAGAGUGUCCUUGCUGAGCAUCCAGCUGUUCUUGAGUGUGCUGUGGUCAGCAGCCCAGACCCCAUUCGGGGUGAGGUGGUGAAGGCAUUCAUAGUCCUUUCUCCAGCCUACACAUCUCAUGACCCGGAAGCACUGACUCGGGAGCUCCAGGAGCACGUGAAGAAGAUGACUGCUCCAUACAAGUACCCCAGGAAGAUAUUUCCCAAAAUACAUUAUGUUCUUGUCCUAAGAACUGUCCUGUGGAUGAGCAAAAGGGUCUGGUGAGAGGUGGCUUUCAUUUCAGAACUGCCAAAGACCGUCUCUGGAAAGAUCUUAAGGAGUAAACUGAGAAACCAAGAGUGGGGGAGAUGAGGUACAACCCAAGGAAGAUGAUGGAUGCUCUGGCGGUUCUGAAAGAAGAUGGAAGUGGGACUGACCAGCCCCUUCUUGGAGCACCAUCCCUUUAAAGAAUAGGCACCAAAGAUGGUCAGCUUCUGAAUGGACACUGUAGGGUGAUGCUGGCAAAGAUGAGAGCAUCCCUGGUCCAGAGCUCACAGUCACUGCCCCAUCCAGCCAGUGUCCCAUGGUUUCUCUGACUAGAGACAUCCCCACCAUCCGCCCAUUGAUUUUACUAAGAGAAUUUCUGCUGUUCAUGGGACAAACAGAUCACCACAACUUUAGGGAGGGUAUCUGUGGUCUCAUUAUGCAAGUGGGAAUAUAAAACUUGACCCUUUGGAUUAA